AUGUUGAAACCACCUAGCUACGCAAAGAUUCAAAAGCCACUGCUACAUCCUCCUACGUACAUUGCUUAUAAGAAUAUCCGUUUCUUAAUCACGGAUACACCCUGCCUUAACAACAUGUCGAGAUACAUUAAAGAGUUUGAGAGAUGGAAUGUGACAGAUGUCGUCCGAUGCUGUGAGGCCACCUACUCACAGACUCUAUUGAACCAACAUGGCAUUCAAGUCCACGAUUGGACAUUUUCAGAUGGUGGGCCUCCACCCAAGUGUGUCAUUGAUGAAUGGCUGGAUCUGAUUGAUGUUCGAUUCAAGCAUCCAGAAGAAGACACAUAUGAUGAUUUCUAUGGUGCGCUCAACAAGCAACAGCCAUGUAUAGCAGCACAUUGUGUUGCCGGUCUAGGAAGAGCACCCGUGUUGGUUGCAAUCGCAUUGAUUGAAGAGGGCAUGGAACCACUGGACUCAAUCGCCUUUAUUAGGAAUCUUCGAAAGGGAUCCAUCAACAAUAGACAGCUGAAAUAUCUCGAAAGCUACAAAAGACGAAAGCGCUCUUCAGUCUCAUGUUGUAUUUCGUAG